GUUUUUCAUAUCGUUGUACUUUGGUAAGCGGGUUAGAGAAAACCAGGCAGAAAUGAACAAGUCCAUGCUUCGUCUACAGAAAAGCCACAAUGGAGAAGAAUACUUUGAGCUGAAUAGAAGCUAGCAAGGAACAGUUCUUGUAAGCAAAAACCACACAGGCGGGAAGAUAUUUGCACAACAAGGGUCUCGACGAUGUCCUGUUGAAGUAGUAAAGUGCUUCUUAUCCCAUCUCAAUCCAGAUAUCAAUGCUCUUUUCCAAAGGCCGAAGCAAAGUUCAACCAAGUUCAACCUAGAGAGCAACAUGGUUUGGUUUGACGCUCGUAAACUUGGUCACAACAUGCUGGAGAAUAUGCUUAAAAACAUGACGAUGGCUGCAGAAAUUACACUAUACCUGACAAACCAUUCUCUCCGGGCUACUACUGUAACAGUCUUAUCAUCCAAGAAUAUCGAGACMCGUAGAAUAAAAGCAAUAACUGGACACAGAUCUGRCACAAGCAUCGAAAGCUACUGUAGCCGUCCAACCUUGAACCAGUUCAAAGAAAUAUCAACAGCUCUAACGUCUUUCKUAAGCGGCGAUGUAAACCAAAUGCAAAAUUCCCUCGCUAUUCUACCUUCUACAUUUCCUUCAGUGGCUGCUCUUCCUCCAAUUCUACAGCAAAGCUACCUCAAUCGUYAAGAUGAGAAUUUUCUGGUUGAGAAUGGCGUUAAUCCUGGUGCGAUUCUUCCRUCUGGCUGCUUUCACAACUGCUCAUUCACUUUUAACAUUAAUCGUUGAAUUAUCAUGCUUUUUUAAAUCAGAAUUAACUGAUUUCUUUGACAUAUUUUCUUCGAUUAGCAAAACAUUGUUAUUUCAACUGCUUUGCACAUCUAUCGAUCUUGUUUGUUUGACAGUUUGCCACAUG